AGCUGACCCUAGCAUCAUCCUCUCCACUCUGGCCGCCUGCAGAAGCUCACCCGCACCUGGGAAGCAUAUCCCGCCAUCACAUCACGACCGAGCCCACGAACCGACGAACACGAGCUCGGAAUCCCGCAAAUAUGCACUUCUCGAUAGCCGCCACAUUGCUGACCUGCACGGCCGCCGUGCAGGCCUUCUCGGACUCGUCGCCAUUCUUCCUCCUCUCCAGUGCCAAACUCGUCGACACAAGUCUCGGCGACAAACAGAUUCGCACGAGCAGCUACGUCACUAGCAAAGCGAAGGAGCUGCUCGCGUCGUGCCCAACGAGCCGCUACAUCCUCGUCUCGCAGCCGAAUGUCCACGCCGACGACAUCCACGACGCACAGUCCGGCUGCACCAUGCCGAACCUCUGCCGCGCCGUCUUCAGCGAGUCGACCCAGAGCCGCUUCAGUGUCCGCGAAGUCGUGGGCAACAUUCUGAGCCAGACUCUGGCAGACUACAUCACGGCAACGUGCGUGGAGCACGGCAAGCAGGGCAAGGUCGAGCAGGUCGAACUGCCCCGGUUGCCCUCCACGAGGGAGAAGGUCGAUCGGGCCUACGCGCUGAUUGAUAACGAUCAUAAACUUGGAGAGCUGCUGGACACUUUGGGCGAUGACUACACCGUCGUGUUCUUCUCGGACCCAAAUGAGUUCAAAGCCUAUGAGCCCGAGUUUGUUGCGCCUGUCCAUAUGGACAUCAAGCGCCAGUCGAACCAGGAACCUGUUGUUUUCAGGAGACAAUCAAACGAGACGGACAACCGCCCUCUGUUUGAGAAGUACCAGUUUUUUACGCCUGGUAUCUUCAUGGGGUUUCUAGCUCUUAUUGUCUUGGGUUCGAUUCUCGGUGUCGGCCUCAAGGCUCUCUCUAGCUUAGAGGUCUCGUAUGGCGCUUUCGACAAGGAUAUGGGGCCCGCCGCCCAGAAGAAGCAACAGUAAAAGGCGGCCUUCUUGGACUAUAAAACGCACUUGUAAUCCGGGCCUGAGGAUUUGUAGCAUAUUUGGGAAUAGGUGGAGUUUGGAGGUUGUGCAUAAUUACGGCAUCGCUACUAGAGAGAGUCUGGCCCAAGGGUGACUCUGUCCUUUUUCAGGGGGGACAUUAACUGCCUUGUAUGGGGUUGUGUUUGCAAUAUAUAUUAAGGUGUUCGCCCUUUAAUCACAAUUUCUGGUCACGAU